AUGACAGACCCCCACGCCGAAAUAGACGUCGAUCUCGACGUCCAAGAGGUCCUCCUCGCAGCCUCUCAGCACAACAUACCCAAACUGCGACAGCUAAUCCGAUCAAACAACAGCGGAGCAGAAAACCCGGCGAAUGUUAAAGAUACGGAAACGGGAUAUUCGCCCUUGCACGCAGCCAUUGCUGCUUGCGAGCCGGAUCAAGAUGAGGCAGAGCAGGCAAAUGGCGUGGUGAAUGGACAUCGUGAUGGAGAUGAGGGACAGUCAGAGGAAUUGAUGUCGGGACGGGAGACGGUUAAGUUCUUGCUGCAGGAAGGCGCAAUUUGGAAUGAUCUGGAUAAUAAUGAUGAGACUCCGGGGUGUAUGGCGAGAAGGCUUGGGUUGACUGAGUUAUAUGAUCUUAUGGUUGAUGCUGGUGUGCGCGCGGAGUUACUUCUUAAUCGACUUGAGGGCUAUGAAAUACUUGGAGAUGACGACGAGGAAGAGGUAGAUGUUGAAGAUGAUGCCAAUAUAGUUGCAGAGCAGCAAGGGGACCUCGCAACUGGUGAAGAAACACAUGAAUCUACCAUCCCCACCACCACCACUACAACACAGGAACAAGACCCCGAACCCAAUGUCUCAAACGUCAGAUACCUCCAUUCAAAUCUGACUUUCCAGGAUGACCGACUGCUUGAUGACGACCAAAACGGGGUCAUGAUGGCAUGGGAAACAGAGAUUAUGUCCAAAACAGCGCGCAAACUGCUACCUAGCCAAGGGCUGCGGGUACUCAAUAUCGGACAUGGCAUGGGCAUAGUAGACGGGUUUUUCCAAGAGCAGUCUCCUAGCGUGCACCACAUCGUCGAAGCGCAUGCAGAGGUGGUAGCGACAAUGAAGCAGAAAGGAUGGCACGAAAAACCGGGCGUCGUAAUUCACGAAGGGCGAUGGCAAGACAUUCUCCCCAAGCUUGUGGAACAAGGCGAAAUGUUUGAUGCAAUUUACUACGAUACAUUCGCCGAGUCGUAUGCUGAUUUUCGUGAGUUUUUGUCGGAACAAGUCAUUGGCUUGCUGGAUACGGAUGGCCUGUGGAGCUUCUUCAAUGGGAUGGGUGCAGACAGGCAGAUUAGCUACGAUGUCUAUCAGAAAGUGGUGGAGAUGGAUGUCUUCGAGGCUGGGUUUGAUGUCAGCUGGGAGGAUAUCCCUGUGCCGCCUCUGGAAGGAGAAUGGUCUGGUGUGCGACGUCGGUAUUGGGUUGUAGAUAAUUAUCGCUUGCCGAUUUGCAAGUACAUGGAUUAG